AUGCCUUCGCAGGAGGAACAGGAACUGCUGGCGCGCAUUAGCCAGCUUGCUGGCAAGAUCAACAUCCACAAGGCUCAACAGGCCGGCAUUCAAUCAGUACCCAGCAGUCAAGCAUCGUACAGCCGACACAACACCCAUCGACAUGGCGGCUAUCCUCACAAGCAUCGUGUUCAGCCAUACCCCUCUACCCGAGGCCCCUCGGGCUUCCGUCACAAAUCUCUUGUGAUGAAUAAUAGUGGAACGUCAACCCCGCCAUCCGACUCGCCAACCCCCGAGGCCUCGAGCUCGACCAGUUCCUCGGGUACUUGGAUUUCGAAGAACACCCCCGGACAGCGGUCGCUUAUCAACUCGGCCGUUUACGACAAGAACCAUGAGGCCACCGCCAAGGCCAUCGAGGCAACUAGGCAACAAAAGAUGCUUCAGCAGGACGCGCGCGAGAAGUCUCAGCUCGCUGGCCAUUUCCAACGAUACGGCGGACGGGCCAGUGCACCAAGCACUCCUACUAACAGCACAGCCGUAGGCCAGCACGAGGUCGAGAUCCAGGGAAUCCGAUACCGCGUCGCCCACAACGGAAGCAAACUCAUCAAAGUCUCCGGAGACUUGCACCCCGUCAACGCGACACCCAAGGUCGCAUAUGUCGGAGGUGUGAAAUUUCAUCGAAGCAAAACCGGCAACUUGUACCGCGCAGGUGUGCUCAGAGCGCAACGCCAACAUGGCGUCAAGAAGGUCGACGUGCCUUGUAGCAUGUUUUCGCUGACUGGUUCAUGCGCGAAGGGCCCAGGUUGCCGAUACAUCCACGAUGCGUCGAGGGUUGCCGUUUGCCGGGAGUUGCUUCACAAGGGGACCUGCGCUCACGAGGAGUCUUGUGAUCUUUCCCAUGACUUGACGCCCCAGCGCAUCCCGACUUGUGUCCACUUCAUCAAGGGCAACUGUGCGAACCCCAACUGCCAUUAUGCUCACUCUAGUGUAUCCCCAGGUGCUCUGGUUUGCCAUUCCUUCGGGAAGUACGGCUACUGCGACAAGGGAGACAGCUGCGAGGAGCGACACGUCUUCGAAUGCCCCGACUUCAGCAACACGGGCAAGUGCAAGACCAAGGGCUGUAAGCUUCUUCAUCGCGAGAGGGCAAGCGUCCUUCGAAAGCGCCCGGACGGCGACGAGAUGGAAGACUUGUCGAGCGACGACGAGUCAGUCGACAGCGACGAUGUGGACUCGGACGAAGUGGAGGAGUUCAUCACCGACUCUGUUGGUGAUGAUACUGACUUCAAGGUUCAAAAGGACUACAUCGCUUUCUAA